CAAAACUCCAAAAGUGAAACAAAACCGAAUCGAUUCCACACAGAAUUGAACCCCGAACAAGCCCGCCCCAUUUCGUCCCCAGAAUCAGUCCAGAACGCAGGCUUUGCCCUUGCAGAAAAGUUGACGUCAACGGCGAUAAGAUAAGACUAACAGGCCUGGUUGGGUCUAGCGCGUCUAGAUUCCCCAAAACUGUUGGUUUGCCCUCCUGCAAUCGGCGCUCAAAAUUUCCACUCCUCCGCCUGCCUAGACCAAGUCCCCGGUUUUAUUUUCCCCUUCACUUCCCUGGACCGACGAAACAUUGGGGUUGCCGCACAAGAGUCAGUCAGGACUUUGCUUGACCACUCACCCACCCAUUCAUAGCUGUUCGGAAUUCAUUGCAAGAGUCAGUCAGUCACCCGACUCUCUCGCAAUUGAUCUUCUGGUCUUUUCUUCGUUUCUUCCCUCUACUACGCAGCCAAUUCCUACCGAAACAUCAUUUUAUACCACCCUAUUCUUACCACCCAUCACCUCCCACGUACUACUUACACAUACAUACACAAUGGCUCAAGAGACGACGCGCGACGGCUCCGACAGCCCCUCGGGCUCCGUCAGUCCCCCCAUCGCCAACGGCACCAACAACAAGAAGGACAAGAAGAGCAGCAAGAAGCGCGCCCACUCCAGCGGCGAGAGGCGAUCCAGCGUCAGCAAGCCCGCCCGCGACCCCUCGGACAAGCCCGAAGAGUCGCCCUCCAAGAAGAAGAAGAGAAAGACCACCUCCUCCACCGCCGCCGCCGCCGUCCCCUCCACCAUCACCGAAGAAGUCUCCCCAUCCACCUCCGUGACCCGCUCUCCUUCGCCCGUCAUCGACUUUGACGGCCUAAGUCGCCCUUCGCGUGGCACCCGCGAGCGUCUGGAGGAAACCGAAGCCCAAAAGCAGGAGCGCCUCGACAAGAUGAAGGGCGCCGUCCGGACCCUGCUCGAAUGCAUCGGCGAGGACCCGGACCGCGAAGGUCUCCUCGCCACGCCCGAGCGCUACGCCAAGGCCAUGCUCUUCCUGACCAAGGGCUACCAGGAGAAUGUGCGCGACAUUGUCAACGGGGCCAUCUUCCAGGAGGGCCACAACGAGAUGGUGAUUGUCAAGGACAUUGAGGUCUUUUCCAUGUGCGAGCACCACCUGGUUCCCUUCACGGGCAAGAUGCAUAUCGGGUACAUCCCCAGCAACGCGGUGAUUGGCAUUAGCAAGCUGCCGCGGAUUGCGGAGCUGUUUGCGCGCCGGCUGCAGAUCCAGGAGCGGUUGACCAAGGAGGUGGCGAAUGCCAUUAUGGAAAUCCUCAAGCCGCAGGGUGUCGCGGUCGUCAUGGAGAGCAGCCAUUUGUGCAUGGUCAUGAGAGGCGUUCAGAAGACCACGAGCAGUACCAUUACCAGCUGUGUGUUGGGGUGCUUUGAGUCGAGGGAGAAGACGAGGCUCGAGUUCUUGAGCUUGAUUGGCGUCAACCGCUAAACGUGCUUUCCUAACGAGCAGGUCGUGCUUCCAUCGGACAUAACCCUUUAGUCGAGCGCGGCCAGGUCUAGCUGGGGACACUGGUUUCAACAAAAGAUAAGGGAAGAGGGAAAAGGAAAAGGGAAAAAGGAGGAAAAGUACAAACAGGGAACUGGAUCUUUACAUACCCACACAGGGAUCUGCCUCAACGGCAUGCCAAUUUUCUUCACAUAUUUCUUUCAAGCAUGCAAACAUUUUGCAUCAAUCUGGCGUUCAAGGGGGGCUUCAACCGGGCAAAUUCAUAUAACAGCGAGGAUCUCAACAUCAAGGCGGGGGGCGGCGAGAAAUCUACUUCUUCAGAAAAAAACACAGUAUGGCAUGUUUGUCUAUAUAAUCUCUCAUUAUAUCCCCUUUUGGCGUUCGCUAUGUUGCUUGCUUCCAACCUUAAUGCAUCAACAUUCCUCUCAGUCCAUGCUUAACUUUUUCGGGGGCGAUUUGGUUUGGAGGAGAAAGACAACAAGAAAGAGACUGGAAGGGAAGGUCCAACUCUACCAUCGCCUGGGUAAAUGUAGAGCUUUAGACACAGGUAGAUAUUUUCAGCUCAUAAUUUUCAAGGUUCGUCUCAUAGGACUGGCAUGAGAUGGACUUAUCACAUCCAGCUUUGUCCUUUUUGAUCUCGGUA